AUGCGGAAUCAAGCGGGGCGUGAACUGCUGUCCCCUUCCAACUACGAUAACGAUGCAGCCUCCCUACGAUCCCCAUCUGAACAGGACUCCGACUCCGAAGAUGACGAAUUUGUCAAUGCUUCCCGAAGCACCCUAGACCUCGCACGACAUGACCAAAGCGUCCUGGAAGAAGAAGAUGAGAUGGAAAAGUUAUUGACUCGGCAGGGGCCUGCUCGGGGAAUACGCAGGAUGUUUAGCCCGAGCGGUCCCAGGGUACGCAUUGGGAAAAAGGAGCGGCGCCGGGCACGGCGAGAGAGCCGGCGAGAGAGCCGGCGAGAGAGAGUCAGUGAGGAAGGGGAGCUGAUGUACGAGAUGGAGGAAGGUCUUGGGGACGACGAGUCCUUGACGAGUGGGUCAUCCAUGGAUCUAGACGAAGAGGACUACAUCCAUGAACCGGACGACUCCAAAUCAUAUUGGUGGCGGUACUUUCUCGCCUUCGCACUGAUCCUCGUGCUUCUCCUUAUCCUUCUUCUCGGCGCAUACAAAGCUUCCAGCAACUUCCGAGUAGCACACAACCUUUCCAGGCCAUUGCUUUCGAAUGGCACGGCACUCUUUGCGCCCACCACGAUUCUGAUUUCUUUAGAUGGAUUCCGCGCGGACUUCCUUGAUCGCGGUCUGACGCCGGCUUUGAAUUCUCUCAUUGCCAACGGUGUAUCUCCGCAAUACAUGAAUCCGAGUUUUCCCAGUGUGACGUUCCCCAAUCAUUUCACCCUGGUCACUGGGCUAUACCCUGAGAGCCAUGGCAUUGUGGGAAAUACAUUCUGGGAUCCUGAGCUAGAGGAGGAGUUCUAUUAUACCCAUCCAGAUGUCAGCAUGCUCCCCAAGUGGUGGAAUGCAGAGCCCUUGUGGCUGACUGCGGAGAGACGUGGCGUGAAAAGUGCCAUACAUAUGUGGCCGGGAUCAGAAGCCCACAUUGGCGACAUGGAGCCCACAUACGUGGACAAAUACAACGGAACUGAGGCAUUUUCUCGCAAGGUCAAUCGUGUUCUCCAGCUUCUAGAUCUGCCAGGAGUUGAAGACGGCUCUCAUCCAUCGGAGAGGCCACAGUUCAUCGCAGCCUAUGUCCCCGACGUGGAUCGAGAUGGUCACAAAUACGGGCCCAACAGUACCGAGAUCCGAAGAUCUAUUGCCGCUGCCGACAGUUUGGUUGCUGAAAUCAUCACGGGCCUCCAGAGCCGAAAUCUGACCGAUAUAGUAAACAUCGUUGUCGUUUCUGAUCACGGCAUGGCGACCACCUCCAACGAGCGGCUGAUCCAGCUGGAUGAUCUAAUUGACCUGAGUCUUGUUGAUCAUCUUGACGGAUGGCCCUCUCGUGGGAUCCGACCGAAGCGACCAGAAGACAUGGCAGUUCUGCAAGCGCAAUUAGAAAAAGUGGCACCGGACUAUACGCACGCGUUCGAGUUUUAUACUCGUGAGACUAUGCCUGAAAGGUAUCAUUUUACGAAAAAUGAUCGGAUUGCCCCGUUAUGGGUCAUCCCCAAGACUGGGUGGGCAGUUGUGGAACGCCCGGAGUUUGAUGCGCAGGAAGCACUGAAGAAGGGACAAGCUUACCAUCCCAAAGGCAUCCACGGAUAUGAUCAUGAACAUCCUCUGAUGCGGGCCAUCUUCAUUGCACGUGGGCCCUCAUUUCCCCAUGCUCCGAAUAGUCGCCUCGAACCUUUUCAAAAUGUUGAAGUCUACAACAUCCUCUGCGACUCCCUGGGUAUCGAGCCACUUCCCAGCAAUGGGACACUACGGCUGCCCCUUAAGCCCGUCGGUCGUCAUUCCGAUGCGAACACGCCGCCGUUAUCGCGGCCUUCCGAUCCACCAGAGCCUCCAUCCACCACUACGGCACCACUGCCGGAGCCAACCAGUCCGGCCUACGAGGCUCCCACUCAACAGGUGCCUCCUCCCACUCCUGGUAGUGAUGAUGAGAAGGGCCCGACGUGGUGGGGAACAGUAUGGCACAAGUUGGACGAAUGGAAACAGUGGGCAGGAGAGUUAUUCUCUGCGGAGAAGGACAAGCACCCCCCAGCCAUGAGCUAA